CGGUCCGAGGAAGAGAAAACGCGGUGCAGUGGCCGCAGAAACAGUGACUCUGAAUAGGCGAGACACUGAGAACGUGCAACGUCGUCGUCGUCGUCGUCGUCAUCGUCAUCGGUUCUUUUCUGUCUUCAUCGUUUCGACAAAAAAAAUCUGUUUUCCCUUUCAAAGUGUCUCCUUGAAAGUGUUUCUAUCCGAUCUGAUCGAAGAUCAGUUCGGAAUAGGUCACGUACACGUGUGUGCUCUUCUCGAAGCAUGUCUGACAUCUACACGCUCGAGGAGGUCGCUCGUCACAACCACGAGAACGAUCUGUGGAUGAUACUACACGGAAGCGUCUACAAUCUCACGUCGUUCUACAAGAAACAUCCUGGCGGCGAGGAGGUGCUGCUGGACUUGGCGGGAGGAGACGGGACAACAUGCUUCGAUAAUAUCGGCCAUUCUCACGAGGCGAAGAUGCUUCGAGAGCAGUUCAAAAUUGGCGAACUGAUAGAAGACGAUGCAGGCGCAGGUGAUAAUACGAAGAAAGACGAAUCGAGCAGAGAUGCGAACUCGACGGACGACGACAACUGGGAUUACGUACCACCGUCGAAGGACGAGAGAUCGCCAAUGAUCUUCAUCAUCGGUUUUCUAGUUUACGCUGUCAUUAUUUAUUACAUAUGGUUACGCUGAAUUAGAAACGUGAUUUGCGAAAUGCGCGCUACAAUAUGUAAAUAAAAAAAAAGCAAAUCAAUUUGUAUACAAAAACAAAAAUUAUUUUUCUGAAGAGAAUAAAAUUUUGUUUUAUAAUUUUUGUGAAGCCAUUAACUUGUUUAUUUGUGUGUAACAAGUGCAUUGCAUUACGCAAACAACAAAAUUCCCGUUCGAAAAACAUCUUAUCUUUGUAGGCUUCUGAUAAAAGAUAAAUUAUAAAUUUGUGUGUAAAAGUGCGACGUGCAAAAUUAUACGCGCGCCGUUGUUUUACAAAUUAAAAGAUUUUUUGUUUAUCAGUAAUUCAUUACAUGAUGAAAAAAAAAAA